AUGGAAAAAAGACGAUGGAGGGCGCGCGUGAGAGUCGCCAUUGAUUGCGCAAACAUGGCGUCUGGACGUGGAAGCCGAAGAACUACAGAAACAGAAAGUGUGAUAGCGUGUGUUCAGCUAGAUGGUCUGGUUAUUCUAAAGAUCAUUAAACACUGCGAGGAGGUCGGCUCAGAACUCUCUCAGGGUGUUUUACUGGGUCUGCUUAUCGGUAAUUGCCUCGAGAUCACAAACUGUUUCCCAUUCCCUCGCAAUGCACUUGAUGACCCGGAGUUUGACGAAGUGCAGUACCAGAUGGAGAUGAUGAGACAUCUACGCUAUGUGAACAUUGACCACCUGCAUGUUGGAUGGUACCAGAGCACCUUCUUCGGAGGCUUUGUGAGCAAGGCCCUGCUGGACUCACAGUUCCAGUAUCAGCACUCGAUAGAAGAGUCUGUAGUACUCGUGUACGAUCCGUUACGUACAACGCAGGGAUAUCUAUCACUAAAGGCAUAUAGACUAACCCCACAAACUAUGGCCAUCUACGAGACCAUGGACUUCUCGCCAGAAAACAUAAAACAGACAAAGAUGGCAUUCAGCACAAUUUUUGAAGAAGUUCCAAUAUUCAUCAAGAACUCCCACCUGGUGAACGGCUUGACGCUAGAAGUCGAGGACUCAAGUAGCGAACCGACAGAAACAUACAACUUCCUGGAUCUUGCAACAAGCUCUGUGCUCGAGAAGAAUCUGAAGCUGCUGAUGGACACGGUGGAUGAGCUGUGUCAGGACUCGAACAAGUUCCACAAUCACUUCCGGCAGGCAAUGAAGCAGAACCAGGCGAAGCAGCAGCACGUCCAGAAGCGCCAUCAAGAGAAUGCGAUUCGAACUGCGAAGGGUGAACCGCCGCUCCCCGAAGAAGAUAUCAACAAGCUGUUUAAGCCACUGCCGGCACCCCACAGACUGGACAGCUUGCUGCAAUCAGGGCAAGUGAAAAGUUACUGUGACCAGAUCAACCAAUUCUCGUGCCAGGGUCUAGGAAAGAUGUUCCUCGCAGAAGCACUACAGGACAGUAAGAAGCAAUCAACUGGAUCUAUAUAGUUGUAUACUAGUUUUAUAUACACCAAUAACCAGAAUCCACUUGUUUCAGGAUUAGUUACAGAUGAUUGGCGAAUGCAGAAUGGAGAAUUUAUAAUGGAUUAAGUUAUUUUGCACCCACCGUUUAAUUUUCCUGUGCCUGUUCCAUCUCUAGAAAUGCGCACUGCCCAGUUUUCUGCUGCAAGGCUCAUUGUUAGUUGCGGUUGGAAUCUAUUUUGCUGGUUUCCUUGGAAUCUCUAACUGUGUUGACAGUCUAAUUCCAUAGCAUCUCCAGUUAUGUAGGUAAUUUGACUUGCUGAGCUUGACUGUACUCAUGUGCUGCCAAUGAUAUAUUUGGUACGAGCUGAAUGUAAGAAAAUCAGGACAGUAGAGUAUUUGUGCAAAAAAUUCCAUUACAGCGUCAAGUGAAAAGUGAAAAUCGUGAAAUAAAAAGAAAUAGGGAUAGAGA